AUGCCGGGCGUGGGGCUUCUGGGCCGGCUGGGGUCGCGGCUGCUGUCCAAAGGACGUCGUGGCUCGGUUGUCGUGGCAACCGAGGCAGGAGCUGGGAGUCGGUGUCUGUGGCGUGUGAUAACCAGGCAUAUUGUUAACAAUGUCACAUGGUGGGAUGAGCACCUUUCAGAUGAGAAUACCAAGUUCCUGAAGAAGUUAACAGCAGAGGAAUUCAAAACUCAAACAGCUAGUAAAAUGUGUCCGCUGAAAGAUGAGCCCUGGCCUUUGCACCAGUGGGAACCAGGGUCCCAAAGAGUUGGCGUGAUUGCAGUAAAGUUGGGAAUGAUGCCACUAUGGACCAAGAAUGGUGAAAAACUUCCUGUCACGUUACUUCAGGUUCAAGACUGCCAUGUUUUAAAGUAUGUCCCAAAAGAAGAUGGUGAUGGAAAAAAAACUUAUCUAUACGUGGGAGGAAGAAAUGUGUCUCCAUUUCAAAGACGUCCGUCUCAACUGGAGAUGUACAGAGAAAUUGGUGUUCCCCCAAAACAGAAAGUGUCAGCAUUUAAAGUGUCAGAUAAUGCUAUCAUUAAGCCAGGUACUCCACUGUAUGCUGCUCAUUUCCGCCCUGGGCAAUAUGUGGACGUCACUGCAAAAACAAUUGGUAAAGGCUUUCAAGGAGUCAUGAAAAGAUGGGGAUUUAAAGGCCAGCCUGCCACCCAUGGCCAGACCAAAACACAUAGGCGACCUGGAGCAAUUUCCAAUAGCAAGGUUGCAAAGGUCUUCAAGGGAAAGAAAAUGCCAGGACAGAUGGGCAACUGGUUCAGAACAACACGUGGACUAAAGGUCUGGCGGGUCAGUGUGAAGCACAAUAUCCUAUAUGUUCAUGGUGCUGUCCCAGGACACACAAACUGUUUGGUAAAGAUCACUGAUUCAAAUUUAUGGACUUACCGAGACUACAGUAAGAACCUGCCAUUCCCCACCUAUUUUGCUGAUGGAGAAGAAGAGCUGUCCGAGGAGCUGUACGAUGAAGAGGUUUUCCAGUUCACCGAGCCCUCCAUUGCAUUCACUUAGCAGCUGACAUCUUGAGGAAUGGGCAGCCCCCCCAACAUAACUGUCAGCCUGAAAG